UUAAGCUAUUUCUUUUCUCUCUGAUAUCGUCAUGAGCUUAGCAGGUAUCUAUCUAUCUAUCUCUCUUUAUUAUGAUUAGUGGGAAAGUAAGUAAAGAAGACGCCUGUCCCCAAUUACUUAUAGACAAGCUUCAAACUAAUGAUGAUUGUCUUUUUCAUUUUCUGAAAUCGGAUUUAGAAAUUUGAAAUUUGAAAUGGAAACACUCAAUCCUUCUUCCUUGUAUGAUUCCAAUUCAAAUUGGUCGACGAUGAUGAUGACGAUGAUGCAAGACAAUAACGGAGAAGGAGGCAUAUCAAAUUGGUCCAAGGAAGAGAACAAGAAAUUUGAAAAAGCUCUUGCGAGAUACGAUGAAACGGUACCGGAUCGAUGGCAGAGAAUAGCUGAAAUGAUACCUGGAAAGACGGUUUUCGAUGUACAGAGACAGUAUUCAGAAUUGGAAGCGGAUCUUUGUGAAAUUGAAGCUGGUUUGGUUCCGAUUCCUGGUUACUUGUCUUCUUCGAUGAUCGUUAAUGGCCAUCAUCGCCAUGGAUUUGAGACGAAGUUUAGAAAGAGAUCUUUUAUAGAUCGAUCGUCUGAUCAUGAUAGGAAGAAAGGAGUUCCAUGGACAGAAGAAGAGCAUAGGCGAUUUUUGAUGGGGCUUGAAAAGUAUGGAAAAGGAGAAUGGAGAAGUAUUUCAAGGAAUUUCGUUAUUUCAAAGACUCCAACUCAAGUAGCAAGCCAUGCUCAAAAGUACUUCAUAAGAUUGAAAUCGGGAGGUGGAAAAGAUAAGAGAAGACCUAGUAUUCACGACAUUACAACUGUGCAUCUCACACAUUCUAACCCGAUAAUAUCGGACAAUAACGAAACUCUUCGGGUAUUGACAAAGUCUAUUGUCACAGCUACAACACCGGUUCAAUGGGCUCACUCGAACAAUAACGAAAUGGAAAAACUUUUCAGCUCAAAUUGGGACAAUCAUUUUGAAAUGGCUUCCUUAUCAUAUUAGGUCAUAAAACUCUAGCACAUUUGGUCAUUUUUAUCCGCUCA